AUUUCAUAAGAAAAAGUGAAUUAUACUGAGGAAGCUUAUAAUUUUUUUUUUACGCUGCUCUAUACAUUUUUUAGUGAUACAUUGCCGGAUAGAGGAUCAAAAGAGUAGACUAAUUAAAUAAUUAAUGAAUAAACUUUUUUUUUUUUUUACUUAAUUAAUGAAUAAACUAUGCAUUAUAUUAUUUCAACAUCACCUUGGAAAUAAAGGUAAACAACAACUUUAACCACAGUACUGUAUACUACUAGUAGUAUAUAUAAACAGUUUCAUAAUCCUUGUAGAAUCCGAACCUAAAUCCAAAUCAACAUAGGAUCUAAAAACAUGGCACAAAAUGAGAAUAAUGAGGAUAGAGUAGUUGACAAUGGUUUUGAAGUUGAACAACAUGUUGAUGAUGAACAACAACAACAAAAAUUGGAACAACAUAAGGGUAGUAGUACAAGGUUGUUGAAAGAAGAAGAAGCUUCUGUUGAGAAAGUGUUUAAGCACUUAUUGGUUCCAUCAUGGAGGAAUCAAUUAACAUUCAGAGCUUUUGUUGUCAGCUUUUUUCUCAGUAUACUUUUCAGUUUCAUUGUGAUGAAACUUAAUCUCACUACUGGGAUUAUACCUUCACUUAAUGUCUCUGCUGGUCUUUUGGGAUUCUUCUUUGUCAAAACUUGGACAAAGUUUUUGGAAAAAUCUGAUAUGUUGAGACAACCUUUUACAAGACAAGAGAAUACUGUUAUUCAGACUUGUGUUGUUGCUUCCUCUGGAAUUGCUUUUAGUGGAGGAUUUGGGAGUUACCUCUUUGGAAUGAGUAAACAUGUAGCUGAUCAAUCCAAAGACAAAAGUGAUUUUAAGGAUCCCAGUUUGGGAUGGAUAAUUGCUUUUCUCUUUGUUGUUAGCUUUUUGGGACUCUUCUCAGUUGUACCUCUUAGAAAGAUUAUGGUUAUUGACUUCAAAUUGACUUAUCCAAGUGGUACUGCAACUGCUCAUCUUAUCAACAGCUUCCACACUCCUCAAGGAGCCAAACUUGCAAAGAAGCAAGUGAAGUUGUUGGGAAAAUUCUUCAGUUUGAGUUUCUUAUGGGGUUUCUUUCAAUGGUUCUAUACAGCUUCUGAUGGGUGUGGAUUUCAAGCCUUCCCUUCAUUAGGGCUCAAAGCAUAUGAAAACAGGUUUUACUUUGAUUUUUCAACACUCUAUAUUGGUGUGGGAAUGAUUUGUCCAUAUAUCAUAAAUAUAUCAGUGCUCCUUGGAGGAAUUCUUUCUUGGGGACUAAUGUGGCCUCUCAUAAAAACCAGAGAGGGUCAUUGGUACAAUGCAGGCCUUGGUGAAAGCAAUCUUGAAGGAAUCCAAGGUUAUAGGGUAUUUAUAGCCAUAGCAAUGAUCCUUGGAGAUGGUUUAUACAACUUUGUUAAGGUGCUGACUCAUACCUUAUUGGGUUUGUAUAAUCAAAUCGGAAACAAACGAAGGGCGGGCACUCUACCUGUUGCAGAUCAAGACUCCUCCUCAAGUCCUGAGCUAUCUUACGACGAUCAGCGCCGAAAGGCACUCUUUCUAAAGGAUCAAAUUCCUACAUGGUUUGCAGUUGGAGGAUAUGUUGCUAUUGCUGCAGUCUCUACAGGAACUUUGCCACACAUCUUCCCUCAACUAAAAUGGUAUUACAUACUUGUUAUAUACCUAAUAGCUCCAACCUUAGCAUUUUGCAAUGCUUAUGGUUGUGGACUAACAGAUUGGUCCCUAGCAUCAACCUACGGAAAACUAGCCAUCUUCACAAUCGGCGCAUGGGCCGGUGCAUCACAUGGUGGAGUUCUAGCUAGCCUAGCAGCCUGUGGAGUUAUGAUGAACAUCGUUUCAACAGCUUCUGACUUAAUGCAAGAUUUCAAAACCGGUUACCUUACCUUGGCUUCACCGCGAUCCAUGUUUGUGAGCCAAAUAAUCGGCACAGCAAUGGGAUGUGUGAUUUCUCCUUGUGUGUUUUGGAUUUUCUACAAAGCAUUUCCUGACCUAGGUACACAUAAUAGUCAAUACCCUGCACCGUAUGCCAUUGUGUACCGCAACAUGGCGAUACUUGGAGUACAAGGCUUUGAUUCUUUGCCGGAUAAUUGUCUCAUGCUUUGUUAUAUAUUCUUUGGCGCGGCGAUUUUGGUAAAUUUGAUUAAGGAUUUGGUUGGCAAUGUAGGGAGGUUCAUACCACUUCCAAUGGCUAUGGCAAUACCCUUCUAUUUAGGACCAUACUUUGCCAUUGACAUGUGUAUUGGAAGUUUGAUAUUGUUUAUUUGGGAAAAGGUUGACAAGACUAAGGCUGAUGCUUUCGCAGCUGCUGUUGCUUCUGGUUUGAUAUGUGGUGAUGGAAUAUGGACUUUGCCUGCUUCGAUACUUGCGCUUUUUGGAGUUAAGCCACCCAUUUGCAUGAAGUUCUUGUCAAGGGGUACAAACUCUAGGGUUGAUACUUUCUUAGGUUUGAAUUAGGUUUGGUAUAUGGUGAAAGUUUGAAAGUUCGUUGCUGAAAUGUAAAUCUGUCAAAUAUUACUUUAAGUUUGCAAUUCUAAACUUUCGGUAGUCAUAUACUCAAAUACAGCAAAGAAAAGGUAUUACUUUUGUUGAUUGUUAUUUGUGUCGGAUACAUAUUCGAUAUUGUUUCUCUUUUGAUAUUCA